UUUUUUUUUUUUUUUUUUGGCUGCGUUGGGUCUUCGUUGCUGCGCACGGGCUUUCUCUAGUUGUGGCGAGCGGGGGCUACCCUUCGUUGUGGUGUGCGGGCUUCUCACCGCGGUGGCUUCUCUUGUUGCGGAGCACGGGCUCUAGGCACGUGGGCUUCAAUAGCUGUAGCUCACGGGCUCUAGAGCACAGGCUCAGUAAUUGUGGCACACGGGCUUAGUUGCUCCAUGGCAUGUGGGAUCUCCCCGGACCAGGGCUUGAACCUGUGUCCCCUGCAUUGGCAGGCGGAUUCUUAACCACUGUGCCACCAGGGAAGUGCCCCCUUUGCUUUUCUGAGCCCCAGUUCUUCAUCUGCAGAAUGUGCCCACACUACCUCCUGCGUGGAACUGUUGAGGACUUAGUGAGAAGAUUCGCCCAAGAGCACAAAGUGUGUGGGCUGGGAUGGUGAGGUACGCUGUCCCUCCUUCAACAUGCUAGGGCCCCGCUGCUCUGUACCUUUAGCCCAGCCCCCCUCCACAAUUCAGAGCUGCCCUGGCCACCCAUGAAACACUCCUGUAUUGGCUGGAAACAGCCUGUGCUCGAGAAUCUUGUUCUCUAAGUCCUCGUGAUUCUAGAAUCCUACGGCUAUUCCAGACUGUGCGCUCCAGAACCGGAGGGGUUGGCUGCUCGUCCUGGGCAGUCCGCUUGCUCAAGCUGCACGAUCUGCCUUGAGUCCGUGCUGCCGCCAGGAUGCGGUGGCGGGACCGCGUGGCCGUGCUCUUCUUCCCACAAGGCAUGAUUCUCACCAUGGCUGCUCUGAUGCUCUUCUUCAUCCACCUGACUAUCUUCGCGAGCGACGUGCACAGCUUCUGCGUCACCCACCGCUAUGACCGCAUGAGCUUCCGCUACACUGUUAUCCUGAUGUUCUCCCAGGUGAUCGGCAUCUGCUGGGCCGCCAUGGGGUCACUCUACGCUGAGAUGACACAUGACAAGUUUCGUCGAUGCUUUUCACUGACCAUCCUGAUGCUCAACGGAGCCAUGUUCUUCAAACGUCUGUCCCUGGAGUUUCUGGCCAUCCAGUACCGGGAAGAGAACCACUGAGGCCUGGGGCCCAGGCUGAGAAGGGGGAAGGAAAAGGCUGCUUCGGGUGUUUUAAUAAAGUCUGUCAUUUAUUUCCA